GAUGAGACUUUUCCUUUCAAGAAAUGCGGUACUAUGAUUGCAUGCGAUGUGAAAUAAUUGUAGACCUGUCAUUUGAUCUUAAAUAACACUAUCUAGAUAUUUUCCAAUUACAUUUACUCGUCGAAUCUGUGGACGACCCUUCGUUCAGUAUGUUCCUUGUCAGAUUGAUUCCAUACAGGGGUUUACAGGUCUCUAAAAUGGCAGAGACAGCUGUCCGAAACUGCAGUCCUAAGCGCCCUGGGGUUGGUCUUGGUGUGAUCGUUACAGAUUCGCUAAACCCAUGUUGUGUUCUCUUGGGUAAAAGAAAAGGUUCCGUUGGUAAAGGUGCCUACCAGUUGCCUGGUGGCCACAUAGAGUUUGGAGAAACAUGGGAGGAAUGUGCACAGAGAGAGGUAAUGGAGGAGGCAGGGGUGCAUCUGAAGAACAUCCACUAUGCAUCCGUGGCUAAUUCUAUCAAGCUAGAGGAAAAUUACCACUACAUCACCAUCUUUAUGCAGGGCGAACUGGACAGAGAUCUUUCACAAGAGCCUAUGAAUAUGGAACCCGAGAAGAAUGAAGGAUGGAAUUGGGUACGGUGGGACAACCUUCCCCCUGAAGAGCAGCUUUUCCUGCCUCUAGCCUGUCUAAGACAACAAGGAUACCAUCCAUUUAAAGGACUUUCAAAUGGGAAGUGAAUGUUUGUAAUUAGUCUUUUGAACGAGUUCCAUAUCCUUCAGCUGGUAAAAAAAAUACAUGUGUACACUGUCCAUUAGGGGGUCUUGAAGCGCGAUUUGUAUUUAUGACAGUGGCGUAAAAGUGAGCUACACUCUGCAACUUCAGGAGGAGUUCAGUAGAAAAAAAGACCACCACAAACAGUUCAGCUGUUCAGCACCUCUCAUGAAGGAGGUUUUCCAACGGAACCUUUGUGAGACAUCAGGUCUACACUCCUGCACAGAAAUGUCAUAUUGGGAACUUUUAAGAGUUCUUCAGCUCGUCCCAUAGCUUUUUCAGAUUAUCCCACUAAACUUCUAGAGCGCAUGUAAAGUGCCAUCCAGGACAUGCAGGGGUUACUUUACAAAGACCAUAACUUUCACCAAGGACAAUUUCUUGUGCUAUUGGAUGGGGACUUCCCACUGCGGCCAAACCUCUCACUGUCACAUGCUCAUACCCAACAAAUUAGCCUAAAUGUUAUAACACAACAGGGCGUAUUACAACCAUCAUAUCGAUACUUAGCAACAACAACAAGCACAGCAACAACACCAAAGGGUAAGGAUAGGAAUUUGAUACAAAACCAGGUUAGGGUAAGGUAGGGGGUUGGGGGUGGGAGAGCACCCCUGGAUUAUGAACCUGGAUUAGGUUCCUGGGAUACGAACCCUGGUCACUUUAGGCACCCAAACAUCUUGUGACAACAGGCAUCUUCAUGUACCACAGGUUAAUUAACAUGGCCCCAAGUAGUCUGUGAGUGCCUCAGCCAUAACCACUGGCUCACUUUUUCAACAGCCUCAGACAACCCAUUUAAAGCUUCUUUGAGUGACCGUCCUCGAAAAACCAAAAUCCAGCAGAAGCGUUGUGGUUGAUUUAACUACAAAGCCUCCAACACCUAUCUUCACUGGUUGUGUGUGUGCUUGCCAACCUCAUUCCUUUGCUACCACUACCAGUUCUACGUCUUCUGCUUUAAUAAUAAACAUGUUUGGAGAAAGUAA